AGGGUCGAUGUUCACCUCAGGAUAUUAUGAUUAUCGAAUUUACUACAUACUUUACGUUAGUUUUUCAUAAGACAGGCAAAGGAUAAACGCCUGUUGAAACUGACUAACUACAAAGUGCAUUCGAAUAUCCUUACAUUUGGUCCAAACGGAAGCAAACAAAAACAUUGCAUGGUUGUUUCAACAGCCUCUUACUAGAUUUAGCAAAUUCGUUAUUUAUGAUUAGAUAUCGCAUUAUAUGUCACUACUUAUUUGUUAUCUUGUGAGUUUACAAUCCAAUCUAUACUAAGUACAUGAAUCCAAACAGCUUUCAUCCUUUCAUCCACCAACGAUACCUGUGGCUUGAUUACACUAGGAAAGCUUUUACAUAUCUUGGAUUGCACCAUCUCAUGGCAGUACCGAGGAACAGGUGUUCCUGUGCCGUUUUAUCAGAAAUUUGUGUAUUCAUGAAACCACAUGAUGUCACUUUUUUACAACUUUUCUUGGCUGGUGGAAGGGAAGAUCUGCGGCAGUGAUUAUCCGUGGAGUGAGGUUCAUCUUGAUUUUCUCAGAAAGCAAAAAGUAGGUGUUAUUGUAACACUCACUGAAGAGGAACGGCUACCUGCCACAGCCAGCAAUGAUUUUGAGUGUCACUUAAUUCCUAUCAUAGAAUUUGAACCACCAUCUAUUGAGCAAAUGUGUCAUUUCAUUUCAAUAUGUGAUGCAGCUCAAGAGCAGAAGAAGGCUGUAUGUGUACACUGCAGGGGGGGUCGUGGGCGCACUGGAGUUAUGUUAGCAUGUUACCUGGUCAAAAACCAUCUUAUGUACCCUCUGGCUGCAGUACAUUUAAUACGAGAAUUCCGUCCGUACAGUAUAGAGACUCCUGAACAGGAACAAGCAGUAUGCAAGUAUAGUGAACAAUUAUCAAAUAAUGAUAACAUUCAACUCACCAGAAGAAUUUCUGAAUAUAAAUCAGAUGAAUCACCUCCAUGGUAUUUUUCCUGGAUAGUCAAGAGAGAAUUGUGUGCUGGUUCAUGGCCGCAGUUUCAAUGUAAUGUAGAAUUUCUCAGGAAUGAAGGCAUAGGUGUUGUUGUAACUGCAUGUGAUGCAUCUCCUUUGCCAACACCAUCAACCAAGGACAUAGUAAUUCAUAUGAUUCCUGUUAGUAUGGGUAAUGCUCCUUCCUUUUCUGACUGCAGUAGAUUCAUAACUAUCUGCAAUCAGGCCAGGAGUGAACAAAAGGCUGUGUACGUGCACUGCAGAAGGGGCCAGGGACGAACAGGCACCCUUCUGGCCUGCUACCUGGUAAAAUAUCAACAGCAGCCUCCAGCGAAGGCAAUUUUGAUGGUUAGAGAAAUGCGUCCUGGCAGUAUAGAGAACCUGGAGCAAGUAAUGGCAGUUCACAAAUAUUGGAACUUUUUGAACUGUGUAUGAUUUUUAGUUAAAGAUGAAUAAAGAUUUGAUAAGGAAGUGAAGCUUUUAAGGUCUCUGUAAUUGCAUUUAUAUCUGCCAGUAUUAUAGUUAUUCUCAGUGAGACUCUAGAUAUUCUGCAUCAGGCAGUUAUUUAUUAAUGAUAAAGAGUAUUAACAGAUAUAAAAGAAUAUAUUUAUAGCCAUAGAAACUUGUACUUAUGAUUGAUAGUAGGUCAUUUUAGUCUUGAUAAUCUGAAAGGAGAAAGGUAUGAAUGAGAAUGAAUAGCUUCACAGUGUAAGAGAUAUAUCUGAUUGGUCUUAACUAUAUUUUCAUCAGAAAUACAUGGCAUAAUUAUAGUCUAAACAGAUCAAGUGCAUUUCUUUUGCUGUGAUGAUAUUCCUUCUCAUUCACACCUUUUCUACAUGUGUCACAAUCAACUUGGUUCAGUAUGAAAGGAAGGGCAUUUCUCCAUACCUUUCAGUUUUCAGCAAUAAUCUGUAUAUAUCUAAAUACUAAAGUGUGUCAUAACUGACAGUUAAUGAGUGAGGUUUCAAAUGAGGCACACCGAAACUCUAGUAACAGUAGAUGUAUAAUGAACGAUUAUGUAUAUAAAGAUGUAACUAUAUUUGCUUAAUCCCAGCAUAUUUUAGGUACUGCCAAAGUGAAACCCCAGAUUUAGAAUGCGUCCCCAGAUAUAUUUGAUGAUUCUGCUGAUAUAUAUUUACUUGGAUUUAGUAAGAAAAAAAGGCAAUGUAAAUCAAACCAGACUUUUACUUUAUAUAAGGUUACCUUUAGUAUCAGUUCAGUGGAUGAGGCUAAUGGAUUUUUAAGUGCUUAUACAAUGAAUGAUAAAACUUUAAAGUUGUAAAUAUUCUUAAAGUACAAGAUUAUUAGGUCAAGACUCCUAUUAUAGCUGUUUUGUAGAGAAAAAGAUGGGAAUUCUGUAUAAAAUAUACAUCUUUUUUAGUAUGUAUUAAUUUAAAGAGAAAUUUUAUAUGUUGCUAUUCUAGUCUUACUUCUGGAUUGGAAAUCAUGAAAGGUAUGGGAUACUGAGGUCUUCAGAAAAUUACUCAGACACUUAUCUAAAGUAUGGAAUAUUUAAGAAAUGAUAAUAUAUCACUAUGGAUUAAUUCUGGAAUACUACAUUUAGGAAAUUGAUAUUCACUGUAUCUAAAGUUGUUUAAGGGUCUUCCAACAUAUUAUAUUCAAUAUACUGGCUAUAUUAAUCUAUAAGGAGGAAAUACACUUUGUGACAUGACUCAAAAAUAUCAGCACCUAUAUUUUGCCAAGGCAAAUCCAGAAAAUCAUGGGCCAUCUAAGGUGCUUUUAUAUGUUGAUUACUAAAAGUACUACGUGCAUCACUUGAACUAUUAUUUUUGCAUUCAUCACUGGCCAUUACACAAGAUCUCAUUAGCCAGUCUCAUUGUCUUUUCCAAACCAUAAUGUUACAUGUGGAGAUUCUUGAAAACAAUGUCCCAGGUCUCGGGACAACUUGAUUCAGUACAACUUGAAAGACAUUCCAUUUAGAUAGCUAUAUUCCAUGGAUCUAUACAGGAUUUUGAGUUUUACUGGCUGGCCAUUCCUCUGAAGGAAGCUCCUUUAACGUCUGUAAAGGCCUAUCCUCUUUUUUUCAGAGUAUCAGCAUUAUGUAGUUCUUAUUUCUUAUAAUGAACAUCAAGGGAAUGCUUUGAAUUGUUAGGAACAUUCUUUGUAAGUUUGCUUUUUUGAAAAUUCUUUAUAGUGGUUUAUGAUUUGAUAUUAAACAGUGAUAUUACACUUUCCA